AUGAAUACGAAAUGGCCGCCGCUUCCAGAUGCACUAAUUUAUUUGAUUUUGUUAACUUUUAUUUUCGGGUCUUCCAACGGGUUACCAUGCUCUUACCAGAAUCCACGGGUCGACGAUAUUCUUUUUGAAGUCCCAAUAGGCUCAACUGGUUCAAGUCGGAAAAUCAGAUCAGCAAACGAGGAUACUCCUUCAAAAUUUGGACCACUUCGCAUACAUAUCCAUUAUGAUGACAGUGUUUUAAGAUUACCUCCGGAUAAACAAAUUUAUGUGAACUCAUCCCUUUUACCAGAAGCAGCCGGUUUUUGGGAGAACACUUUAAAUGUACGUAAACUCGAAGGAGCGAUCAAAUUGCGGAGAAAAUGUUUAACCCAACACUAUUAUUUUAAACCGGAUAAGAAAACGAUUGCUUGUGAAGUGGGAUGUAAAGAGAAGACGACUUGUGGCGAAGCGCUGAUUCCAAACGAACAUCUUUUGGAAUGUCAAUUCUGCUCAAAGCCAGACGCUUGCGCUACACUCGGAGUUUCCGGCGAUGGAGUUGAAAACGCUGAUUUCGUGCUUUACGUCUCAGCGAUACACACAAAAAGAUGUGACAAUGCGGACACACUUUCUUAUGCAGCGCAUUGUCAACAAGAGACGGAUUACGAUAGACCAAUAGCUGGCCAUGUGAAUCUCUGUCCAUCAGCGCUUUCUACCCAUAAACAUGAUAAAGAGCUUUUAAUAUCAACUGUGAAGCACGAAAUGGUACAUGCACUUGGAUUUUCCGCUGGUUUAUUUGCUUUCUUUCGCGAUGAAACCGGUCAACCGAGAACGAAACGAAAUCGUUAUGGAAAGCCCCUGACAUUGAAUCGUGAAUCUGGCUAUUAUAAUUGGGAUGAAAGCACGAUUCGAACGGUGCUUCGAGAGAAUUGGUGGACAGCACAAGGAAAUAUCAUACAUCCAGUUCAUAUAAUGGUGACACCAAAAGUACAAGAAGAGGCAAGGAAACAUUUCGGCUGUGAUAGUUUGGAAGGAGCUGAGCUUGAAAAUCAAGGUGGUGAGGGAACAGCACUCACUCAUUGGGAAAAAAGGCUCUUCGAGAAUGAAGCAAUGACUGGCACGCAUACGCAAAAUCCCGUUUACUCUCGUAUCACAUUAGCUUUAUUGGAGGACUCUGGAUGGUAUAAACCAAAUUACAAUAUUGCUGAGCAGCUGCAUUGGGGGCACAAUUUAGGGUGCGAUUUUGCGACGAAAAGUUGCGGUGAAUGGAUAAAGAAGCAAAAGAAUGAAGCCUCGGGAGCCUAUCCGUUUUGUGAGCACAUAAAACAUGACGGGAAAAAAUCUCUAGCGGUCACACGUUGCACAGCACAAAGGGAUUCGUUGGCUCUUUGCAAUCUCAUUCCUUAUAAAUCCGAGCUUCCAAUAGCGUUUCGAAAUUUUGAUUCCUUGCCGGGAGUUCAAGUUGAAGGAGUGAAGCAUUUUGGUGGUUCUGUUGAAUUGGCCGACUUUUGUCCGUACAAUCAGGAGUUCGAAUGGAAAUCGCUAAAUGGUUCGACAAGACGAGAUUCUCGCUGUGAACUUGAAGAGAAUCAAGCUGGAGUCGAGGGAACUCUUGAAAUUUAUGGAGCUUCAUCAAGAUGUUUUGAUCUUUAUCAUCCUUGGACAGAAAAACGAUGUGGCCGAACGAGAAGUUUCACUCAAUACCAUGCUGGAUGUUAUGAACACGCUUGCAUUAAUGGAACAUUGUUCGUAGGAGUCGAUAACUCAACUCAACUCUAUCCUUGCUAUAAAGAGCGUCAGAAAGUUCAUAUAAAACGGAUCAUAAAUGGCUGGCUCCGCGAGGGUGUGCUUAUCUGUCCGCCGUGCGAGCAACUUUGCACAGAAUGUCGACCAGCUUAUCACUCAAUAGGCGAGGUUUUCGAUGGCUCAAUGGAUCAAAGUGGGGCAAAAAAUCACAAUAUCCCCGAAUUUAUCGGCGAUCCCGAUCUACCCGAACCGUGUGCAUCGAUCCCUCUUCAUCCAUUUUUGCCUUUUCUCUUCUCUAUAGUCGCCUUGUUUUUCAUA